UUUGUUUGUUUUUAUUUAAUUUUAAAGCUGAUAUAUCACAGAUGAACUACAGCUUUAAUAACCGAGCCAGAAGAUGUUUUUUUGUUGUUGUUUUUAUUUUAUUUUACAGGGUAUAGAUCGAUAUAUAUGCUCACUGGCCAACUUAUUGGGUACACGUGAGGGAUUUUUGUAAUUAGGGGAAAGUUUCAUAUCCAUCUAAACGCUCUCGUGUUUAUGAAUAUGAAUAAACAUGAAUAACAUUUUUGACUGUAUGUUUUCUACAUCAGAGACGCUAGAAAAUAAUUUUUAAAAAUAAAAAUGCGAAUAAUCAGCAAUGAAGAUAUUCCGGUAGUUUGGGGUACACACCUCUGUCAGUGGAGCUGAUCGUGUUUGAUCUGCUUCAAUCAAGUCCCGCUGCAGCUCUGCAUGCUGACACCACAUCCCGUUUCACCGCCCUCCACCUCCACCGCUUUACCAAUUAACCCUGCGGGACGCGGGGGUGAGCAAAGGCGGGGGAGGGCUGGUUGGUGGCCGGGCAGACGGCUGUGUGCUUUAAACGCCUUUUCUUAGGUCCGACAAUAUGGUGUGUGCCACUAAACUCUCCAGAGGGAAUUGAAUGUAAUUAUCGGAUUAGAGCGCUGCAGCUCUCGAGCUGGAAAUAUUUACAACCGCACGGAGGACGGAGGUUUUUCUGCUCUGAUGUCCACUCAGGUCCCGAUAUCGUUUGACUGGGUCACUGAUCAUUUUUAAAAGUUGGGUUUUGACAGGACAGAUUAAUCUGUUCGUUACAGGCAAAGGAGGUUUUCCAUGGUGGAGUAGACCGCUUUACGCACAAGUGGAGAUGUAAAGUCGGGGUGGAUGCAGUGAUAUUUUUGCCAAAACAAGAGUUUGGAGGAUUCACAGAGGCUCUGAAGAGGAACCGUUUUAUCCAAAAGUGGGCACCUUUUCUGUUAUGUCUGUUUCCUCUCUGCCAGAAUGGAAACAACUCCUUCUGGAGAAAAAGAGGAGAGAAGAGGAGGAGCGAGAGAGGAGGGAAAAAGAGGAGGAGGAGAAGUUUGCCAGCAUGCCAGCUUGGAAGCGAGGGAUCAUCCAGAGAAGGAAGGCGAAGCAGGAGUAUGUGGGUGACAGGGAGAAGGAGAGAGACGGCUGUCUGCUGCAAGUGGAUGUCAGAUCUCCUUCUGAUGGUCUGAGUGACACAGACAGCUUCGUAACAGUUAAUCUGGGAAGCGAACUGUCGCUCAGUCCAGAUCCAGGCCAGUGGCUGGAUGCAGAUCCCAAACCAGUGAGCCAGGUGUCUGUAGAAACAAUAGUUCCAGUCCAUGAAAAUCCAUUUAUUCUCACGCAGAGUGCAUGGAGGAAGAGCAGGGAUGGAGAAACAGGGAACGAGCCAGAAGUUAAGGAGAGAGAUAAAUUAAGCCCCAGGAGUCAAGAUGGGGAGCUGGGGAGAGGACGAGAUAUAGAGCUGACAAAAGAGAGGUUUAGGGACUUGAGUGAGGGGAGGGAAAAAGACAGGAGCAGGGAUAGGAGUCAAGGAAGAGAAAGAGAGAAUAGCAGGGAGGGGUGUGAAAAGGAAAAAAGCCAGCUGAAGGAGUUGGUUAAGGAUGCAGUCAGGGAGCAGGAAUUUCUUAAAGUUAGAAAAGACACAGAGGAAAAAGAAACCCCUUCACCCACUUCUUCGCUUUCCCCUCUUAUUCCGUGUCUUCGGACCAUCAGAGCUGACAAUAUCAUCAUCAUCGAGCAGGACAGAAAGGGCAGCGAUGAGAGAAAGGGUAGAUGGAGGGAGGCAGAGCGGGAGAAGCUCGAGGAGGACCAGCUGGGGAAGAAAGGGGUGAAGAUGGACCUAAGGGAGAUUCUGGCUGGAGGAGGGAGUGUCACUGAGAUCCGAGCCUCUGAAGUUCUUAUUAUAAAGCCCUCAACCUGCCCUGAAGAGAGGAGUGCAGGGGGGAAAGGGAGAGAGGAUGGGGAGAUGAAGGGCAGCAUGGAUGCAAGAAGGGAGAGCAUAGGCAGGGAGCUGAGAACAGAUGUGUCCUGGCUGAGAGAGAAAGAAAAGGAGAAACCAUGGGGCCAGGCAACAGUUAUUAAUAAAGACAGCAGAAAGGACAGCUUGGAUGAUAAUGUUUUUGUGGAGAGAGGAGGGAGGGUCAGUCAGCUGCUGAGUAAAUUCGGAGAGCACCCCAAGCCUCCAUCCCGAUCCAAAAGCUCCGAUAAUUUCCUUGAGCCAGGGAGGAGAAAAUACUCAGGAGAUCAGGAUGAGCAGCAGUCCGAGGAGAGGAAGGCAGAUGGAAAGAAUACGCUGCUAAAAGGUGUCCCAAAACGCUCGUUUAGCUUCUCCGAUCGAGUCAUCUGCGCUAAGGAGAAUGGGAUAGGUGACGAAGGGUUUUACGAGAGAAAAAUUCGUGAGAGGAUUCACUCAGAGAGCGUGGCGCCAUGGGUAGAUGUAGCUGCCUUAAGGAGGGAAACCACAGCGAAGAUGGGGUGUGCACGACUUCUAGAGAGAGACAGAUUUGGAAAGCACAGAGUAAAAACCGAAGACUUUGGUAUACAGCUUAAGAAAGUCGAGUUUGUUGACAGGAGGGCCGCGGAGAAGGUCGGCGAUGCAGACGGGGAUGUGGGGUUCACGGUGGCCUCAGUUAAAAACACGGAGGGAAUAUCAUUUGCUAGGAGAGUGCCGAUUAGGCAGGAUGGGAAAGCAAGAGCUGACAGAGAGGUGAAGCGACCGGCAGGUGAAAAGAGUUUAGAAAGGGACGUGAAUGUAGACAAAGAUUCAGAGGGAGGGGGAGAGAUUGAGGUGAAAGUUUGUGAGAAAACAGAUUCUCAAAGAGAAGAUGGACUAGAGAGCUCACCCGAAACAAGCAACGUUGAUGCUGAGAGUCACUGCAGACAUGAUUUGGCUUUUACUGAGUGCUCCAGUUUAGGCUCUACAAUUCCAGACAGGGCCGUCCAUAAAGGUGCAGACUGGAGACUACAAGGACCUUACCUAACACAGUCUGUUUUAUCCCCACAUACUGAGGAUCUAAUAAGUAAAAUAGAAAAAAUAGGAGACACAACCUUUUAUAGCAACAAAGACAGCAAAGAGGAGGUGCAAGCAGCAGGAUCAGAAAACCUCAGUUAUGAUUCGACCCCCAGAUCUCCGAAAAGGAGCGCACUCACCGGGAACCCUCCAGGCCCCGUGGAGAUUCAGAUUCCCAGGACUGUGUUUUAUGUUGCAGAAGAAGUGGUGGAGAAAAUAAAGCCCGGGUGUCAACGCAGCGAGGGGCAAGACUGUCAUGGAGGUCGACAGGUCGAGAGGAGGGAUAGCUGGAGGAUUGGGAAGCCCUUAAGCCGCAUAGAGUCUCUGCGAGAGAAAAUCAGACAGAGAGAGCUGGAGAAACAGCGACAGGGUGAAGGGAGUGAAGCUGCAGAGAUUAGUGCUACUCAGACAGCGGGGGACAGGUACGAGAAGAGGGGAACUGAAAUAGAAAAACAGUGGGAAGCUACAGCACACAUGCAGAAGAGGCCGGCCGAAACAGAGCAGGGACAGGAAGAAGCAGCGGCGCAGACAUCCGCGGCUGCGUUUGACGUCACGCAGGAAGUCGGCGUGUUGAAAACCUGCCCUCAGCUUCCUGUUUCUGUCCUACUGUCACAAACUGUCAGAGGAGAGGAAGUGACAAGCGAGUGUACCGCCAGGGCCUCCGAAGCUACCUCCGAAGCCCUCCAGAUAUCUGAGGAUGAGGACGACCCAGUGAAACAUGUAGAAGAGCCGCAAAGGCGCGACUGGGGCCGAAACGCAAGCACAGAAGAAGAACAGGAGGAGGAGGAAGGAAAGGAGCUCUCCGAGGAGGAGGUAGAGGAAUACACAUCACCUCUCGAUUCUACACAAUCUCUCUCUCCUUCGCCGCCUCUUCCCAACUCUCUCGCAGCCAUGAGUCGGAUCUACAACUUGGAAACCGUGGGUUCGAGGUCGGGCUUGUAUUUGAGGGACAGGACAGUGGACAUCUCAUCGUCUGUGCACCUUGUUAAAGUGAAGCCAAUCAUAUCGAACUCACAGCAGGGGGACAACAAAGCAUUUACAGGCGAUGACAUUAGUGGGGUUCAGACAAUACAGCAGCAGAUUGAGCAGUUUCAGCUGAAAGAGCAGGAAGCGCAAAACUCUUCGUCAAAUACCUCCCUGAAGGACAGAGAGACGAAGGGGCAACAAAGAGUGUUAAAGCAACAGAGAAAGGACGAUUUUCGGACCCAGCAGAUAAAGGACGACCUCAAAGCACAUCAGAUAAAGGACGAUGUUAAAACCCAGGAGAAGGAUCAGGAAACACCAGACCUCAACCCCAAAGUGUCUUCUCAUCACGCUUGUUCUCCCACACCUCAGGCCAAACAAACUAUCACAGUCACCCCCUCAUAUCUCAGGACCCAAUCCCCAGACAACUCCCUGAAAGCCACAGAUUGUGCCCCGACCCCGGCUUCUUCCCCAAGCUCGCCAUCUCCUGCCCAGUCUCCGAGUGUGUCUCCGUCACCCACCCAGACACCUGUGCUCUUUUCUAUCAGGAGUGCCUCCGGGGGCCAAGUGAAGCGAGGCGCCACCAUCACAAUCACACCAAAAAGGGCAACGGGAGCCGCAGCACGGCCCUCGGCGUCCACAUCAACCCCAGCGAAGACCCCACACCAGCAGCAGCAGACUCAGACGGUGUCAACCCCCGCAAAGACACCACCACAGCAGCAGCAGACUCAGACGGUGUCAACCCCCGCAAAGACACCACCACAGCAGCAGCAGGGCCAGACAGUGUCAACCUCCACGAAGACAACACCACAGCAGCAGACCCAGACAGCCCCCGCUGUGACUGAGCCGGGGAAGAAGAAGUAUCCAACUGUGGAGGAAAUUGUGGUGAUCGGUGGAUAUCAGAACCUGGAGAAGUCGUGUCUGGUCAAGAAUAGAGGGACCCCAAAAAAGGGGAAGGUGUGUUUUAACGAGGUCAAGCUGGAGCAGGUGUGUGAGUACCCAUCGGAGGCCCUCAUGCAGUUCUUCAAUCCCCACUCUCAGGACCUGGGGAGCGUGGAGAGGCUGCAGGAUGAGGAGGUGCAGGAGGAGCAGGGUGACGGGGAGGGGGGGGCGGUCGUGGUGAAGAAUACGAGGAGUACGGGAAGUGCAACGGGACCGCGUGUAAUAGAUAUGAGUCUUGCCCUCGAUAGAAGCCAGUCACCUUCGCCAAAAUUACCCAUCUGAUGAGGUCACCACCAUUUUAUUGAACAAUAAUGUUGUUUUUUGGUCUGUUUUGAUCAUUUUUUAAUUGUGUUUGUCAUUACUUGUGGUGUUUUGUUUUCUCUAGUGUCAGGAUGAAUAAGGGACCAAAUAAUUGUGUUUACUUCACGGAUAAAGUCACCUAGUUUAUUUUCAGGGAAACUGAGGGAAAGUGACAUGAAUGUAGUAGCACGUAACCCCUCAGCGGUGCACUGCUGGGUGAUGAAGGAUCACUUGUCUAUGCAAUAUAAUGAAACAGAUAAGAGUUAUAUUUUCUAGGUAAUAUAUAUAUAUAUAUAUAUAUAUAUAUGAUAGUUUCUUUUAUGUUAAUGUCCUUCUUAAUUUAAGUCAGCACUGCCUCAUCACAGAAAAAGAAGAACUCUUGAUGUUUGUAUCAUCUGACUUCAUGUGCCUGCUGGAAUUGCCCAUACAGAUGAUCUGAAGAUCUGUUAAUGUGUUUUGCUUGAAGCCUUUCAGAAAACGCUCCUCUCAGCAGGUGUUAUGUGUUGCAUGAACGGGUUUUGGUGCAAUGUGUGAGGUGAUGAAAGUUUUAAUUGUUUUUAAAUUGGAGUUAAAUGGAAUUUUAUUGUUGCAUGAAAAACCACUGUGCAAAGAAUGGUUUUGUAUUGUUAUUUUUCUCGGGUGGAGAUAGAGACUGAGAGGAAGUCCCUGAGAGGACAAAGAGCAAACUGAAACUUCAUAUUAAAGCUGAUAUCUGACUUUCAGCUGUGCACCAUUUAUAAUCUUGUUAUCUUUUGUAAUUGAGCAUUUUGAUUGG